CCCUAAAAAACCCUAAUUUCUUCACUCUCCGUCUUCGUCUUCCCCAUUAGCACAGUCUCUCUUCUUCUUCAACAUCUACAAACCCUAAAACAACAAUGGCGUUACUCUCUCGAAUCCGUUCAUCAACAUCUCUCUUCCGUCACCUCAACGCAUCUCCUCAAAUCAGAUCACUCUCCUCCUCCUCCUCCUCCUCUUCCGCUUCAUCAAUCCUCUCACCAGAUUCGAAAACUCCUCUCACAAGCAGAGAAAAAAGCAAAGCAGCUCUCUCUCUUCUCAAAUCCGAGAAAGAUCCAGAUCGUAUCCUCGAGAUCUGCCGUGCUGCUUCCUUGACACCAGAUUGCCACAUUGAUCGUAUCGCUUUCUCCGCCGCCGUCGAGAAUCUCGCCGAGAAGAAACAUUUCACCGCCGUUUCGAAUCUUCUCGACGGAUUCAUCGAGAACAGACCUGAUCUCAAAUCGGAGCGUUUCGCUGCUCACGCCAUUGUUUUGUAUGCUCAAGCUAAUAUGCUUGAUCACUCCUUAAGGGUCUUUAGUGAUCUUGAGAAACUUGGGAUCCCUCGUACGGUUAAGUCUUUGAACGCUCUUCUCUUUGCUUGUUUAGUAGCUAAGGAUUACAAAGAAGCGAAACGUGUUUAUAUUGAGAUGCCUAAGAUGUAUGGGAUUGAGCCUGAUCUUGAGACUUAUAACCGUAUGAUCAAAGUGUUCUGUGAAUCCGGUUCAGCUAGUUCUGCUUACUCCAUUGUUGCGGAGAUGGAGAGGAAAGGAUUAAAGCCGAAUAGCUCUAGCUUUGGUUUGAUGAUUUCAGGGUUUUAUGCAGAGGAUAAGAAUGAUGAAGUUGGGAAAGUGUUGGCGAUGAUGAAAGAUCGUGGUGUUAACAUCGGUGUUUCGACUUACAACAUUAGGAUUCAGAGUUUGUGCAAGAGGAAGAAAGCUAAAGAAGCAAAGGCUUUGCUUGAUGGGACGUUGUCUGCAGGGAUGAAACCGAAUACGGUGACUUAUAGCCAUUUGAUUCGAGGGUUUUGUAACGAAGAUGAUUUGGAAGAGGCCAAGAAGUUGUUUAAGGUUAUGGUGAACAGAGGAUGUAAGCCUGAUAGUGAGUGUUACUUCACUCUCAUUUAUUACUUGUGCAAAGGAGGUGACUUUGAGACGGCUGUGAGUCUUUGUAAAGAGACUAUGGAGAAGAAUUGGGUUCCUAGUUUCAGUAUCAUGAAGUCGCUUGUUAACGGAUUAGCUAAAGAUUCGAAAGUCGAAGAAGCGAAGGAGCUCAUUGGGCAAGUUAAAGAGAAGUUCACUAGAAAUGUUGAGUUGUGGAAUGAAGUCGAAGCUGCAUUGCCUCAAUGAAUCGUUCUGAAAUUGGUACUUUCGAUUUUUUACGAAUUUUCUCUAUCUUUAUCUGUCAGCAAUGAAAUAAAGAUCAUAGCUUCUUAGACGAUAGUAAUCUUUUGAUCAUCCUGGUAGCUAUUAGAUAAAUGCUGUUUUUGUGCUGGCUCAUGUUUGAGAUUCUCAGAUAUAAAUCAAGUCAUGAACUUGGUCAAUUAGGCUUAUCCUGUUAGUUUUGGUGUUGGAAUCAGAGAGAUGUUAAAACAUUUUUAUCUGUAAGAUUGGUCAAUGCAUUGAAGCUUAUUGUAGCCUGUCUUAAUGGUCAAAACUCAAACCGUAUAUCUCUAUUUAUGUAUA